CCUCCUGCGCUCGGCUGGGCUCGGAACCGCUCGGCUGGGCUCGGGACCGCUCGGAACCACUCGGAACCACUCGGCUGGGUUCGGCUCCGCUCGGCGGGCCGCGGCCGCGGGGUGAGCGCGGAGCCCCGCGCAGCCCCCGCCCGCCCCAGUUCUCUGCCAGCUGUGGAGCAACAGAGAAGACAGCAGAAGGUCCUGCUCUUCCCUCGCCCCUCUUUUGACGACAGGAGGUACCCCAUUAAAAGAGCUCUGUGGUCACCUAGGGGCAAGCAUUUGUCCCCAAACCCCAAGCAGCGUGUCCUGCCGGCUCAUCCUUUGCUGCAUCUGCUCUUGUGGGCACGAUGCGCUGCAUUUAAAUAAAUUGUAGUCCUCGCUAAGGCAAAUAUUGGUCGGUGGCGUGAGCUGACUUGGCUGAAAUUCACGGUGGAGGACCAGCUUGGUUUGCACGUGUGUGUAGGCAGCUUCGUCGUGGGAAAUGAAGAUGUUGCCUUGAACACUUUUCAAGGGGAAGGAAGAGGAGCCCAAGGCUUCUGGUGGCAGUAAGGGAAGUGGGAGGGGGUUAGAAGACGCGUUAUUUGGGGAUAUGAUUAAAAACUCUCACUAACGAAUGAGGUCAUAAGACAAAAUUAAGGAGAAGUUAACUGCGCGCUAUUACGGAUGUCUUGAAAUGAUCUCUCGUGCUCUGGUCCCUUGCCAUGCCCCUGGGAUGAUCUUAAUCUGUUGAAAGCGAGAUCCAAAAAAAAGAAAAAGAGGCUGGCCGAGGUUUCUGCGGAGAUCAGCAGACAGGACGCAGGGAUCUGCUGGCGUCAUUUCUUCCGUGGAAGCUUCACUCUGUGGACUCUGGAAAGACACCGAGGACCUUCCUGUCCUGCAUGGGCAGCUCCAGGUGUUUUGGGAGAUGCUGCUGUGGAGAUGCAAAGGGGUCCGAGGGAUCUCAAGCUGUUCAAAAGGGCCUCCAAACAGUAAAGACGCAGCUUUAGGAGCAGUCCUGCUUGAGUGACUGCAGGGGUCUCAUCGCUGCUGCUGUGAAUCCCGUGGGAGCUGGUGUAAAUGAUGAGCUCCUGCCUGUCUUUAUUAAGACACCUUUUUUCUUUCCUCCCCCCUAUUUUCGAGCUGUCCCAGCCUUUCAGCGCCAUUUAUGUUGUGGGUGAUAAGAUUUUCAUUGUAGCCUUCAGCCUCAUGGAAGCUUUGUGCCCACAGCUGAUCAGUUCUUCAGUAGCCCAGCGAGCAAAUGCAAGGCAGCAAAUGCUAAAAUAUUUAUCGUAUUGCCGAUAAAUCGGUCACUGAGAGCAGUGAAGGCUCAGUACAAUACAGCCCUGAAUCUUCGCAGAGAUGCUCUGUCACCGCUCUCUUUGGAGAGCUGUGUCUUCCUAAAGUACCUGGGAUAACUCAGCCUUGGCACAUGGCUUUUGAGGCGUGUGCUUGGAGCCUCUGUGGGUCAGCGCGUGUUACGCUGAAAUUUAAUGCAUUUAAUUCUGUAUUUAACUCUGUGUGUGCUCUGAGGCAGGCAUGAAGGGCAGAGCAGAAAGAAAGACUUAACCUUGGACUUCUCUUGACUGAUGUAAGUAAUUUGCAGAGCUGUAGGACCAAAUCUCUGCGAUCUUAUUUCUAUUAAGACUGCAGCAAUCUAGACUCGUUAUUAAUGCUGGAGGGCGCCGGUGCCCCUGCCCGAAUGACUCGCUGCGUGACGCGAGUGGGAAGGAGAGCGAUGGAGAGGCCGUGGCGUGGGCUGUGACCUGCCUUCCCCUGACCCACGGCGUGAAGCUGAGCUCGGCACGGGGGUGCCGGGCUGCGAGGAGCCUCUCAAACCAUCCCCACGGGUGUGUGGACGUCUGCGGGUGGUUGUGGUGCCUGGCUGGGUUGGCUGGGCGUUAGCCAGCUGCUGCCCGGGUCUCUCUUACCACGCUGUGGCUCAGCUUAGAUGGCUGAGGAGCAUUUCGGAGUCCGGCCUUGUAAGUACAGCUUGUUAACUGGAGCCACGCUUCUUGUCCAGGCUGCCUCUUUAUUUGAAGUCCUGCUGCCUGUCCGGGCGCUAUUCAAGUCCCUCUGGCUUCUCAUCUACAAGCAUCUGCCUCUGAUCCCCCUUGUUAGAUGGGGACGGUGGCGUUUGUCUCCCAGGCAGCGGCUGCUGGCACCUGCAGGCUCCUCCGGCUGCUGUGGGCUCUUCCCUCGUCUCACUGAGAGUUUCGCUAACUGGAAGCGAGAGGUGGAGGGGCCACGGUUGUUGUUCGGCACCUUGAGAGUGUUUCAGGCCAAGUUGAGGGAUUUCACCGGGUCCAGACACCUUGAAGCUCACGGUAAAAAAGACAAAGGAUGAGAGGCGCUGUUGCUGUACGCCUCAGUUGCACAGGAUCCAGACAAAUGAGCGGGGAGUUGGGCACGGAGGAGAGGCAGAUUCCGCUUGAUCACCCUGUACAGAGAGGAACCCUCGAGAUCAACACUUAGAGAAAGAGGAAAAGAAGAGGAGGAGUUGAGGUGAUGCAGGACAGCUGCGAGCCAAGAAGCGGUGCACAAGUGCUGGUGACAAAGAAACGUGGCAGUAGAAACCGUCUAUUCAAGGCUGGCCAGAUAAAGCAAGGACGCCGCUAGCACACGCUCCCUGACCUCGCAGAUCACCAGGAAGGAGCCUGCAUGGCAGAGGAAUGGCAGAGCAUCAGCCGUGCAGCAGCAGUGAGAGAGACUGAUGUUCCUAUGAGUCUCUCCUGGCUCGGCCUCCACGAUGGCUGGUGCCUCUGCAUAUUCAUCGGAUGGUAAUGCAGGAUGUCGAGAGCAGCGGUGGAGUUUGGCUUGAGCCCGUUGUGUUCUUCCCCUGCUGGCUGAGACUUCUGAAUUGCCAUGACAACGCUGUGACACUUCCAGCAACUCGCCCGCAGACCGAGGGUGGGCUGGGGUGGGUGAGAAGGUCGGCGAGCCAGGCUAACGGGAUCGAAAGCUGCAGCGGCAGCAAAACGACUGCAGGAGAGCCGUCGUCGCGACACGAUGAAAUUCCCAUUCUAUUGGCUCCUCGUUAAGCAGGCACAGUAACCCUUCUUUGCAGAGACUUGCUGUAAAACCCAUUUUGGUUAUGGCUACUGAUCCAACGUGACUGGGCACGCGGUGACUUUUGAACUCAUGACUGGAUAUACGAUGUUGCGGAAUGGGGGAGUGGGGAACGGAGGCCAGCCGUGGUUGUUGAGGUGGUCCAGUCGGAUCCGGCUCACCUGGCUUAGUUUCACCCUCUUUAUUAUCCUCGUCUUCUUUCCCCUCAUCGCACACUACUACCUAACCACCAUCGACGACGCGGACGAUGCCGGCAAGCGCAUCUUCGGCCCUCGGACCGGCAACGAGCUGUGCGAGGUGAAGCACGUGCAAGACCUGUGCCGCAUCCGCGAGUCGGUCAGUGAGGAGCUGCUCCAGCUGGAGGCCAAGCGGCAGGAGCUCAACAGCGAGAUCGCCAAGCUCAACUUGAAGAUCGAGGCCUGCAAAAAGAGCAUUGAAAACGCCAAGCAGGACCUGCUGCAGCUAAAGAAUGUCAUCAGCCAGACGGAGCAUUCCUACAAAGAACUGAUGGCUCAGAACCAGCCAAAGCUUUCCUUGCCAAUCCGGCUGCUGCCAGACAAAGAUGAUGUGACCUUCCCCCUGCCAAAAUCCAACCGGAACUGCAGGCUGCACAAUUGCUUUGACUACUCACGAUGCCCGCUGACAUCUGGCUUUCCAGUCUACGUCUACAACAGUGACGAUUACCCUUUUGGUAGCUCCUUAGACCCUUUAAUUAAACAAGCCUUUGAGGCGACUGUCAGAACUAAUGUUUAUGUUACUGAAAAUGCAAAUAUUGCUUGUGUGUAUAUAAUUUUAGUGGGGGAAAUGCAAGAGCCCGUAAUGCCAAAACCUACUGAACUAGAGCAACAGUUGCACUCUCUGCCAUAUUGGAGGACUGACGGACACAACCAUCUCAUCAUCAAUUUAUCGAGGAAAUCGGAGACUCAGAACUUUAUUUACAACAUCAGCACGGGGCGUGCCAUGAUUGCCCAGUCCACCUUUUACGACGUGCAGUAUCGACCAGGGUUUGAUAUUGUGGUAUCACCCCUGGUCCACGCUAUGUCUGAACCCAACUUCCUAGAAAUCCCGCCCCAGGUGCCAGUCAAGCGUAAAUACCUGUUUAGUUUCCAGGGGGAGAAAAUUGAGUCUCUCCGAUCCAGCUUGCAAGAGGUUCGCUCUUUCGAAGAGGAGAUGGAAGGCAAUGCCCCAGCUGAUUACGACGAUCGCAUCAUUACCACCCUGAAGGCCGUUCAGGACAGCAAGUUGGACUUUGUUUUGGUGGAGUUCACGUGCAAGAACCAGCCUAAGGCGAGUCUGCCCACUGAGUGGGCUCUGUGUGGAGAAAGGGACGACAGACUAGAGCUACUGAAGCUAUCUACUUUUGCACUGAUAAUCACCCCGGGGGACACCCGCUUAGUGAUCUCCGCUGGGUGUGCCAUGAGACUGUUCGAGGCUCUGGAAGUCGGAGCCAUCCCGGUGGUUCUCGGAGAGCAAGUUCAGCUACCCUAUAACGAUGUGAUCCGGUGGAACGAGGCAGCCUUAAUCAUACCAAAGCCACGUAUCACAGAAGUGCACUUUCUUCUGAGAAGCAUUUCUGACAAUGAUCUGCUCGCCAUGAGGAGGCAGGGCCGCUUCUUGUGGGAGACCUACUUCUCCACCUCUGACAACGUUUUCAGCACAGUCUUAGCUAUCAUAAGGACUCGAAUCCAAAUCCCGGCUGCUCCUAUCCGAGAAGAAACUGCGGUGGAGAUCCCCCACCGGUCGGGCAAAGCUGCUGGCACAGACCCCAACAUGGCAGACAAUGGCGACCUGGACUUGGGGCCUGUGGAAACCGAACCACCCUAUGCAUCUCCCAAGUAUCUCCGCAAUUUCACCCUCACCGCAAUGGACGUCUACAGGAAUUGGAAUUCUGCUCCAGGGCCUUUCCACCUCUUCCCCUAUACUCCCUUCGACCCUGUUUUACCAUCGGAAGCAAAGUUUUUAGGGUCCGGGACUGGAUUUCGACCCAUAGGUGGAGGAGCAGGUGGCUCUGGGAAGGAGUUCCAGGCUGCUUUGGGUGGCAACGUCCCCCGGGAGCAGUUCACAGUCGUGAUGCUAACGUACGAGCGGGAGGAAGUGUUGAUGAACUCCCUAGAAAGGCUCAAUGGUCUCCCGUACUUAAAUAAAGUGGUGGUAGUGUGGAACUCUCCCAAGCUUCCCUCCGAGGAUCUCUUGUGGCCAGACAUCGGUGUCCCGAUCAUGGUCGUGCGCACGGAGAAGAACAGCCUGAACAACCGCUUCCUGCCGUGGGAUGAGAUCGAGACGGAGGCCAUCCUGUCCAUCGAUGACGACGCUCACCUUCGCCACGACGAGAUCAUGUUCGGGUUCCGGGUCUGGAGAGAGGCGAGGGACCGCAUCGUUGGCUUCCCGGGGCGCUACCACGCGUGGGACAUCCCCCAUCAGUCCUGGCUCUACAACUCCAACUACUCGUGUGAGCUCUCCAUGGUGCUCACUGGUGCUGCCUUCUUCCAUAAGUACUACGCCUACCUGUACUCCUACGUGAUGCCGCAAGCCAUCCGCGACAUGGUGGACGAGUACAUCAACUGCGAGGACAUCGCCAUGAACUUCCUCGUCUCUCACCUCACGAGAAAGCCUCCCAUAAAGGUGACCUCCCGCUGGACUUUCCGCUGCCCCGGCUGCCCCCAGGCGCUCUCACACGACGACUCCCACUUCCACGAGCGGCACAAGUGCAUCAACUUCUUCGUGAAGGUGUACGGGUACAUGCCGCUGCUCUACACCCAGUUCCGCGUGGACUCGGUCCUCUUCAAGACCCGCCUGCCCCAUGACAAGACAAAAUGCUUCAAAUUCAUCUAAAAGCAGCAGGCAGCAGGCGGCCGGGCACCCCUUGGCUCGCCGAACCUCGUCCCGAGGCGGGUGAGGGCGGAGGGUGGCUUCUCAGCGGGGCUCCGAGGGCAAAAAGCCUUCUGCUGUUGACUCUGGCCUCCCUCCCGCAGAGGAAAAGGGACAUUUUGGGUUGGGACAGGCACAUUUCCCCCCCGUCCUGCUCUCCCCACGGCGACAAGACCAGGCGGCGGGGCGCAGGAUCUCGCAGCUCCCGCGAGGACGCUCCCUAGGAUCGUACACUGAGGAAUGGCGCGUUGGCUAGUGGAUCCGCCCCCGCGCUAGCCAAGGGCGACCAUUCUUUUUAAUUAUAAUUAUUGUUAUUUAAAAUGAAAGUGUUUUAGAUUUGC